AUGCAAUUUUUAACUAGGAACGUUCUAAAAACAUUCACAAAUGUACCCUUUCAUAGAUUUUCAUCUAAGAAAGAUCUUUAUGAACUAUUGGGUGUACCUAGAAAUGCUUCCUAAAAUGACAUUAAGAAAGCUUAUUAUGGAUUGGCAAAGAAAUACCAUCCAGAUGCAAAUCCAUCCAAAGAUGCAAAGGAAAAGUUUGCAGAAAUUAACAAUGCAUAUGAAACAUUAUCAGAUGAUAAUAAAAGGAAGGUUUAUGAUUAAGUGGGAAUGACUGGAGAUGAGUAGGAUUAGGCUGGAGCUUAGGAUCCAUUUGCAGCAUAUAGUAGCUUUUUUAGGCAAGGAGCAAGAGGAGGCAGAGCAUAAGAUUUCUAAUUCGAUGAAUCUAUCUUUGGUGAUUUUGCAUCUUUCUUCAAUAUGGGAGGAGAAUCAGAAAGAUAAAUAAAAGGAGCAGAUAUUUUUAUCUAAUUGGAAAUAUCAUUUAUGGAUAGUGUAAAUGGGGCAUAAUAGACAAUACAAUUUGAGAAGAUUGGAGUAUGUUCUACUUGUAAUGGAACCAAAUGCAAACCAGGAACAGCACCAGGAAGAUGCACUAAUUGUGGUGGUAGAGGUUCGAUAAAUUACAGAUAAGGAGCUAUGACAAUAUAAAUGGCUUGUACUAAAUGUAGAGGAACUGGAGUCUCAAUCAAGAAUCCCUGUACAACUUGCAAAGGAGCUGGAAUAUAGAAGUAAGCUACGUCUGAAGCUGUGAAUAUUCCAAAGGGCAUAGCUGAUGGAUAGAAUUUAAGAGUGACUGGCAAAGGAAAUAUUGGAGAAAAUGGAGGCAAGGCUGGAGAUUUGAUACUUAAAGUAUAGGUUAAGCCAGAUUCAUAUUACAAAAGAGAUGGAUAUGAUUUAAUCACUAAUGCCUAUAUUUCUGUUGCUUAGGCUGUGCUAGGAGAUUAAGUUAAGAUCAAAACACUUAAUGGAGAAUAGCAAAUAAAUAUAAAACCAGGUAGCUAAGAUGGGGAAAAAGUUAGAUUAAGUGGAUUAGGAAUUACUAAAUUGGCACCCAAUUCUAAUCAAAGAGGUGAUUAGGUUGUAAAUCUGAAAAUUCAAAUCCCUACAAAAUUGACUGAUCAAUAAAAAUAACUAUUUGAAGAAUUAGCAAAAUUAGAAAAAGUUGAAACACAAGGGUAAUCAUCAGCUCAUGAGGGUGUCUUUGAAAAGGUUAAGAAUAUUUUCCAUAAAUGA